UUACAACCCUCAGUAGACUAUGGACAAACAACACAAUAUCAUAAUUUUACUUGGCUUGUCUUUAUCAAUGCAAAAUGGAUACCUUUUGCAAGUGCCAAUCAACAUAAACUAGAACAAACAUUAGGAUUAGGCGGUACUUUUGUGGACAUUGAAGACUGUCUAUUUCCUGGUGUGAAACGAGUACGUGUCUUUCCAAAAGCGAAUUAUUUAAGCUAUUUGGGUGUUAAAUAUCGAUUAUCAAGAGUGAUGCAACCACAUCAAUUU